AUGCAAUCCGCCUCCUUGGUUCACGGCUUUCCUGCAUCGAAUGCUGACGAGCUCUUGUCCGAACUUCAACGAACGGCUCCAGAACAUUUCGAUCUAGAGGAAAGACAAGACAUUCCUGAUGUUCUGGCCAAGUUCCCUUCUGGUCCACUUAACCAAUUCCUCAGAAUCAUCAGCACUCUACCAGCGGGCGCGGCAGCACUCGACGCAGUCGGGUUGAUCUUAACUCCUCUUCAACAAGGUCUCGCUGAUUCUGUUGGCAUCGACACUACGGAGGACGACCUAGAGCAGAACGCUGCGUGCGCCGACAUCACCGUCAUAUUCGCUCGUGGCACCACUGAGCCCGGCAAUAUCGGACUUGUGACUGGCCCGCCCUUUUUUGACGCUCUUAACCAACAGCGAGGGACCAAGUCUGUUUCGAUCCAGGGUGUCGAAUACCCCGCGACAUUCGCUGGGUUCAACAAGAAUGGCACUGAGGGUGUUCCAAGCAUGACAAACUUCAUCAAUGAAGCCGCCACAAACUGUCCGAGCACCAAAAUCGUUAUGUCUGGCUACUCCCAGGGUGCUUUGGUUGUCCGGAGUACUGCAAACUCUCUCCCGGCGGCCACCAUGGCCAAGAUCAACUCUAUCCUAACCUUUGGAGAUCCUGGAAACCCGGGCGCUAUCACUGGCGCUGAGGGCAAAACCAAGAUCAUCUGUCACGAAAACGAUGCUGUUUGCAGCGGUGGUUUUAUCACUGUCGACCAUUUGACAUAUGCUGAGGAUGCAGAUGCUGCUGCUCAGUUUGUCUUACAAAUGGCCAACGGUAAGUUCAAGACCUGUAUUGAAAGGAGUUGA